AUGAUACCUUAGUCUAUUUUUAAAUAAUCCUUAGUUAUUGAAUUAUGAAAGCCUAUUAUUGAUUUCUCAGAUUACAGAAAUGGCAUUUUCUGAGUCUAUGGGGACAGCACAGACCCCAGCCAUGUGUCAAUUUUGCGAAGAAUCACCAGAGAUUAAGUGGAAGUGUAUAAACUGUGAACUAUUUCUAUGCCAACUGUGUUGUUCAAAGAUACAUAGCAAAAUUAAAACAUCUCAAGAACAUGAAAUGAUAAACUUGAAAGAUUUUAAAGAAAAGGAUUUUGCAACUUCAGUACGUAAAGUUGACCUUGAAAACAUGGGGUGUGCAAUCCAUGAAAAACAAAAGUGUUUUGUCUUCUGUAAAGAUUGCAGUGAGCCUGCUUGUUCAAAGUGUUUAAUGGAGACUCAUAAACAACAUGAUUAUAAAGCUUUGGAUGAAGGGUAUCAGGAUAUUCUCUCUGAAAUGAAGAAACAAAUAAAACAAAUUGAAAUCUUUCUUAAGUUAUUUAAAUAUAAAAAGGACAAACUUCAAAAGAUGAUUUCAGAUGGGAACAUAAGUUUUCAAGAAACAAGAGAUAAAAUCCUGAAAAAUGAAAAAGAAAUGAAAGACUCCAUUGAAAAACAUGCUAAAGACCUCUUACAAGAACUUGAAGCAAAGUGGAAACCAUCUGAAAAUAUGAUACAUGAAGAAAUUGCUGAUGCGAUAAAAAACGAGAUUGAUAUGGAAAAUAGGAAGGACAAUUUAAAUAAAACAAUGCAGUCUCAUCAAGUGGCAGAUAUUUUCAAUACAAGUAAAAACUUAAAUAAGCCAUUUCCAAAUUAUUCAGAAAUGCAAAUGAAAUCAAAUUUGCCAGCGUUCUGUCCUAGCAAAAUACAGGUUAAAUUAGAAAGAGCAACAUUUUUUGGUGAACUUUAUACACGUCCAGACACUGAACUCAUGGAUACUUAUAAAAGUGAACUUGCAAGCGUGAAAAAUAUACUAUUAUGUGGUGACAAUACUGCGUUCAUAUCUAGUCCUGUUAGUCAAAAGUUGCAAAAAGUCAGAUUUGAAAAUCAUACUGUCAAAGUAGAGAGAGAAAUUCAGAUAGGUGUGAUUGAUAUGGCAAAGCCACAGGAUGAGGGAAUUCUUAUAGCAGAUGGAAAUAAGAUUCUAAAACUAUAUACCAAUGAUGGACAUGUACAAGUAGAAACAUUUAAGUCCUAUUCUCCUUUGAAAACUUCAAGCGUGCAUGUAACUAAAGACAAUCAGAUUAUAAUAGGGUUAGUGAGGUUUGUAACACUACCAGUGCCUAAAGAUAGUACCAUAAGACUUAUAGUUACGAGUCAGAAUGGUGACAUUCAACACAAUAUUGAACAUGAUAAGAACAAUCAAAGAAUGUUAACAUAUCCGCACAGAAUCAGAAGUCUCCAUGAUAAGAUAGUAGUUGAAGAUUUAAUAAAUAAUGAAUGGGAGGGAAGGGUUGUAAUGUUAGAUAUUGGGGGUAAACACCAUUGGACCUAUAAAGGGUGGUACUAUACAACUCCCUAUGAUCAGCUGGUUAAGUUUUCUCCAGAAAGUGUGACAAUAACUUCUACGGAUAUGAUUUUAGUUUCUGAGUGUUUGAAUAAUGCUAUACAUGUAUUAACUUCUGCUGGAGAACCUAUUUUAUGGCAGGAAGUUAACAGCUUUGGAGUAGAAUCUCCUUUAAGUAUUGAAAUUGACAAAAAUGACUGUUUAUGGAUUGGGUGCUCUACUCGGACAAAAGACAAAAUAAGGAGGGCUAAUAUAAGCUGUGUAAAACUAACUUAAUUAAGAAAUUAUAGCUGUGUCUGAAUAUAGACAAAGCAAGAUCACUAUAUAUAUUAUAACAGCCAAAAACCAACAUUUUAUUGAAAAUGAA